AUGGCAACGCCCGUUCCUGUGGUCACAGUGGCUGUUGGCGGACGGUGGCAAGAGAUUGAGGAUGCCAACCAUCGCUUGUCCCGGGACUUGGCAGCAGCAGAAGAGGAUGUCGCCACUCAGAAGGCGGCCCUGGCAAUGGCUGAGGCCUCGCUGAUAUCGGCUUCUUCCAGCAACCGCAGCCUUCACCAGACUUUAGAAGUAAAGACAGAGGAGGCGGAGGCCCUACGGGAGUCCCUAGUCCAAUCAGCCCAAGCUCUGGCUGAGACCAGUGCCGCAGCAAGCCUGGCCAAUGAGGAGAAAGCUCAACUGACAUCCUCUUGCAGCGACUUGCUGCUUGAGUGCCAGCGCCUCCGCCAGUCGCUUGAAGACUCUUUGGCGGAGGCAUCGCAAGCCAGGUCCCAACUUGCAGCAAGGCAGCAGGACUUGUCCCUGGAGUCGAGCCAAAAGGCAGAGAUGGCAGCCAAGAACCUGCACCUGGAGUCGGAGCUGGCGAUGCUCCAGUCUAGGUACACCAACCAAGGAACACAUGUGCAGCUGCUGCUCCGAGAGAAGGACCUCACCGGAAUUCAUGGCUGUCCGCCUUUUUGCAUGUCCUGCUGCCCUGCCUGGUUGCCAAGAGCGCCUGUGGACGCAACUGAGCCGCUGUCGCAACGCGGCCCCGAGGGUGCCCGCGCAGCGCGCAGCUCGGCCCUUAUUUUGGUUGCGGAGGGGGCAGAAGCUCCAGCUGCAGAGAAGCCUCGGCCACGGAGCGAGUCAAAGCCACGAAGCAGCUCUGCUGCCAAGAAGCAGAUCGAAGGCGCAGCCAUCCACGGGAAUGCGCGGGCCGUUGCAGAUCUGGAACGGAAGCUGUGGCAUGCGCAGAAGGCUGGCAAGUCUGUUUUCAAGCAUGCAGAGCCAAAGACCUCGAUCCUAGCACGCGGAAAUUUGGACGUGACAGUUCAGUUAAGACCCAGCAGCCAAGUUAGUGGACGCCCAUCUCUUUGCUCUUGGAUGGCCUUGGUGGGCAUCAACGAGGGCGCAGGCGUGUCACGCGACGCUUCCAACACAGAGCUGUCGGAAGUUGCAGAGACGCAGGAGGGAAGCAGUGAGGAAUCAGUGGAGUGGACGCCGUUGGCUGGAGGCUAUACACAGGCUACGGGGCAAUUCCCCUCUCUACACAGCAAUUGUAGCCUGCUCUCAGAAUCACCGGAAGCCGUACAGAGUGCAUGCUCCCGAGCUACUUCAGUCGAGGGAUCCCUACAAGAUGCCGAAAGCAUUCUCAAUGUGGAUCCUACACAGUUGUUGAGUCGCAGCUUCUUCCAGAGCUUGCUCGAGUUGCCGGAGCGUUCAGGCGAGUUCAAGGCUGCGAUCACUCAAGAAAAUUUCGGAACACGCAGCCCAGAGGAGAUCCGUUCGCUGCACCGGAGUUUCUAUACAGAGCCGCUCGAGGAAGUCGAAAUAGAGAUCGAGAAACCGGAGAGCGGAUUUGAAGUGACCUUGUCGGCGGAGUGGCCACCAGCGAAAUCUUGCAAGGCCUUGCGAACCAUUGUCGAGGAGCCCGUGGCCGCUCCAGCCGCGGCCCCUGAGUUUGCGCAAUCCCCUGGAAACCUGGUGUUUCAGCAUCCUUGUUCGAUCGUGGGCCAUGCAAAUCGCCAUUCAGCAGUGGCGGUGUUACGCCACGGCGAACGACAGGACUCGGUGUGGGGGUCAGCUUGGCACAACACCGAAGAUUCUCAGCGCAACCCUGGUGACUGUCCAAUCAGUGACCAAGCAGUUCUGGAAGCACGACACGUGGCCCGGAUGCUUCGUGACUUCGGAGACUUCGGAAUCAUCGUGUCGUCACCAUACCUGCGGUGUGUGCAGACAGCCAUUGCCAUCGCAGACGAGUUGGACCUUGUGGUUCUGCUCGACCAUGAACUCGGAGAGGUUUUCGGACCAUCUGUCUUCGGAGAUGUGGAGCCCAACGAAAGGUUCAUCUCUGGCCACGCGUGGCGCUCGCGCAAAGAGCUUUACGACACGAUCAAGGAGUGGACACCCAAUCUCUUGCAAGGCUUCUCGAAGCCACCAGCACACCGCGUGUGCUGGAAGAAGAUCCUUGGCCACGCGCCCUCUUGGGGUGAGCAGAUGAAGGAAGCCCGGCACCGUUAUGCCAAGCGCUUCCUGACGUACCUGAGCCGAGGGCGCCGAGCCAAGAAGAACAUGAUCGUUGUCUCCCACGGCAUCAUGGUGCAGACGUGCCUGAAGGUCCUCCCGAGCACCUCCGCGGGCGAUGUGGCCGCCAUCCCCUACUGCGGGGGUCUUAUGGCCGACUUUAGCCGCCCUCUGGUGAGGCAGUGCUCCGGCGACAGCGAGGAGGCUGACUUCGAGGUCGCGGGCUUCGCGCAGUUCGCAGGGUGGCCGAAGACGCCGAGCCAGGAGCUGCCGGUGUUGGGAGAUCUUUGGCCCGAAUCCGAUGGUGAGGGGCGACCUCUCCCAGCAUCCGAGUCGGAGCACCUGGAGCAGGCACAACUCCAGGGAUGGGACGUCCGACUACUGGGGGUGGACUUUGAUUCUGGAGAGGAAACCCCGAGGACGCGGGCAAGCCUCGCCAAAAGGUACCAGGACCUGCUGACAUCCCUCAAAGCCGGCAGCUUUUCUUGGGCACAGCUUCAGCUGUUGCUUGGGGACUUGCCCACAGAGCUGCCGGCGGAAGCUUUCCAAACCGUCGGCCCAGCCGAAUUGAGCGACACGGCCACGCAGAUCUCCAUGGAGCUCUUCCGGAGUCCCCCGAAGUUUGCGCCAAACCUGGCACUCGAAGAGACAAGCCCGGAUCCGCCAAGCAAAGUGGAGCAAGACUCUGUAAAGACGACCAGAGUUCCGCAGCUGAACCUGCGGAGCAGCCGCCUCAUGGGAAGAAGAGUGUCCAACGCAUGA